AAGGAGGGGGCUGCGGGAGCCGCGGCAGAGACUGUGGGUGCCACAAGCGGACAGGCGGCCACAGCUAGGACAGCUGCGAGCAGAGCCGAGCAGUGGCUGUAGCGGCCACGACUGGGAGCAGCCGCCGCCGCCUCCUCGGGAGUCGGAGCCGCCGCUUCUCCACUGGCAGGGGCCGCCUGAAGUGGGAGCAGCGCCUGGAGAAGGCGGGAGGAGCCCGGCCCGGGGGACGGGCGGCGGGAUAGCGGGACCCCGGCGGCGCGGUGCGCUUCAGGGCGCAGCGGCGGCCGCAGACCGAGCCCCGGGCGCGGCAAGAGGCGGCGGGAGCCGGUGGCGGCUCGGCAUCAUGCGUCGAGGGGGUCUGCUGGAGAUCGUCCUGGGAUUUACCGUGCUUUUAGCGUCCUACACGAGCCAUGGGGCGGACGCCAAUUUGGAGGCUGGGAACGUGAAGGAAACCAGAGCCAGUCGGGCCAAGAGAAGAGGCGGUGGAGGACACGACGCGCUUAAAGGACCCAAUGUCUGUGGAUCACGUUAUAAUGCUUACUGUUGCCCUGGAUGGAAAACCUUACCUGGCGGAAAUCAGUGUAUUGUCCCCAUUUGCCGGCAUUCCUGUGGGGAUGGAUUUUGUUCGAGGCCAAAUAUGUGCACUUGCCCAUCUGGUCAGAUAGCUCCUUCCUGUGGCUCCAGAUCCAUACAACACUGCAAUAUUCGCUGUAUGAAUGGAGGUAGCUGCAGUGACGAUCACUGUCUAUGCCAGAAAGGAUACAUAGGGACUCACUGUGGACAACCUGUUUGUGAAAGUGGCUGUCUCAAUGGAGGAAGGUGUGUGGCCCCAAAUCGAUGUGCAUGCACUUACGGAUUUACUGGACCCCAGUGUGAAAGAGAUUACAGGACAGGUCCAUGUUUUACUGUGAUCAGCAACCAGAUGUGCCAGGGACAACUCAGCGGGAUUGUCUGCACAAAAACCCUCUGCUGUGCCACAGUCGGCCGAGCCUGGGGCCACCCCUGUGAGAUGUGUCCUGCCCAGCCUCACCCCUGCCGCCGUGGCUUCAUUCCAAAUAUCCGCACGGGAGCUUGUCAAGAUGUGGAUGAAUGCCAGGCCAUCCCCGGGCUCUGUCAGGGAGGAAAUUGCAUUAAUACUGUUGGGUCUUUUGAGUGCAAAUGCCCUGCUGGACACAAACUUAAUGAAGUGUCACAAAAAUGUGAAGAUAUUGAUGAAUGCAGCACCAUUCCUGGAAUCUGUGAUGGGGGCGAAUGUACAAACACAGUCAGCAGUUACUUUUGCAAAUGUCCCCCUGGUUUUUACACCUCUCCAGAUGGUACCAGAUGCAUAGAUGUUCGCCCAGGAUACUGUUACACAGCUCUGACAAACGGGCGCUGCUCUAACCAGCUGCCACAGUCCAUAACCAAAAUGCAGUGCUGCUGUGAUGCCGGCCGAUGCUGGUCUCCAGGGGUCACUGUCGCCCCUGAGAUGUGUCCCAUCAGAGCAACCGAGGAUUUCAACAAGCUGUGCUCUGUUCCUAUGGUAAUUCCUGGGAGACCAGAAUAUCCUCCCCCACCCCUUGGCCCCAUUCCUCCAGUUCUCCCUGUUCCUCCUGGCUUUCCUCCUGGACCUCAAAUUCCGGUCCCUCGACCACCAGUGGAAUAUCUGUAUCCAUCUCGGGAGCCACCAAGGGUGCUGCCAGUAAACGUUACUGAUUACUGCCAGUUGGUCCGCUAUCUCUGUCAAAAUGGACGCUGCAUUCCAACUCCUGGGAGCUACCGGUGUGAGUGCAACAAAGGGUUCCAGCUGGACCUCCGUGGGGAGUGUAUUGAUGUUGAUGAAUGUGAGAAAAACCCCUGUGCUGGUGGUGAGUGUAUUAACAACCAGGGUUCGUACACCUGUCAGUGCCGUGCUGGAUAUCAGAGCACACUCACGCGGACAGAAUGCCGAGACAUUGAUGAGUGUUUACAGAAUGGCCGGAUCUGCAAUAAUGGACGCUGCAUCAACACAGAUGGCAGUUUUCAUUGCGUGUGUAAUGCGGGCUUUCACGUUACACGAGAUGGGAAGAACUGUGAAGAUAUGGAUGAAUGCAGCAUAAGGAACAUGUGCCUUAAUGGAAUGUGUAUCAAUGAAGAUGGCAGUUUUAAAUGUAUUUGCAAACCUGGAUUCCAGCUGGCAUCAGAUGGACGUUAUUGCAAAGACAUUAACGAGUGUGAAACCCCUGGGAUCUGCAUGAAUGGGCGUUGCGUCAACACUGAUGGCUCCUACAGAUGUGAAUGCUUCCCUGGACUGGCUGUGGGUCUGGAUGGACGUGUGUGUGUUGACACACACAUGCGGAGCACAUGCUAUGGUGGAUACAAGAGAGGCCAGUGUAUCAAACCUUUGUUUGGUGCUGUCACUAAAUCUGAAUGCUGUUGCGCCAGCACUGAGUAUGCAUUUGGGGAACCUUGCCAGCCAUGUCCUGCACAGAAUUCAGCGGAAUAUCAGGCACUCUGCAGCAGUGGGCCAGGGAUGACGUCAGCAGGCAGUGAUAUAAAUGAAUGUGCACUAGAUCCUGAUAUUUGCCCAAAUGGAAUCUGUGAAAACCUUCGUGGGACCUAUAAAUGUAUAUGCAAUUCAGGAUAUGAAGUGGAUUCAACUGGGAAAAACUGCGUUGAUAUUAAUGAAUGUGUACUGAACAGUCUCCUUUGUGACAAUGGACAAUGUAGAAAUACUCCUGGAAGUUUUGUCUGUACCUGCCCCAAGGGAUUUAUCUACAAACCUGAUCUAAAAACAUGUGAAGACAUUGAUGAAUGCGAAUCAAGUCCUUGCAUUAAUGGAGUCUGCAAGAACAGCCCAGGCUCUUUUAUUUGUGAAUGUUCUUCUGAAAGUACUUUGGAUCCAACAAAAACCAUCUGCAUAGAAACCAUCAAGGGCACUUGCUGGCAGACUGUCAUUGAUGGGCGAUGUGAGAUCAACAUCAAUGGAGCCACCUUAAAGUCCCAGUGCUGCUCCUCCCUCGGUGCUGCGUGGGGAAGCCCGUGCACCCUAUGCCAAGUUGAUCCCAUAUGUGGUAAAGGGUACUCAAGAAUUAAAGGAACACAAUGUGAAGAUAUAGAUGAAUGUGAAGUGUUCCCAGGAGUGUGUAAAAAUGGCCUGUGUGUUAACACUAUGGGGUCAUUCAAGUGUCAGUGUCCCAGUGGAAUGACUUUGGAUGCCACAGGAAGGAUCUGUCUUGAUAUCCGCCUGGAAACCUGCUUCCUGAGGUAUGAGGACGAGGAGUGCACCCUGCCUAUUGCUGGCCGCCACCGCAUGGACGCCUGCUGCUGCUCUGUCGGGGCAGCCUGGGGUACUGAGGAAUGCGAGGAGUGUCCCAUGAGAAAUACUCCUGAGUACGAGGAGCUGUGUCCGAGAGGACCCGGAUUUGCGACAAAAGAAAUUACAAAUGGAAAGCCUUUCUUCAAAGAUAUCAAUGAGUGCAAGAUGAUCCCCAGCCUCUGCACCCACGGCAAGUGCAGAAACACCAUCGGCAGCUUUAAGUGCAGGUGUGACAGCGGCUUUGCUCUUGAUUCUGAAGAAAGGAACUGCACAGACAUUGACGAAUGCCGCAUAUCUCCUGACCUCUGUGGCAGAGGCCAGUGUGUGAACACCCCUGGGGACUUUGAAUGCAAGUGUGACGAAGGCUAUGAAAGUGGAUUCAUGAUGAUGAAGAACUGCAUGGAUAUUGAUGAGUGUCAGAGAGAUCCUCUCCUAUGCCGAGGUGGUGUUUGCCAUAACACAGAGGGAAGUUACCGCUGUGAAUGCCCGCCUGGCCAUCAGCUGUCCCCCAACAUCUCCGCGUGUAUCGACAUCAAUGAAUGUGAGCUGAGUGCACACCUGUGCCCCAAUGGCCGCUGUGUGAACCUCAUAGGGAAGUAUCAGUGUGCCUGCAACCCUGGCUACCAUUCAACUCCCGAUAGGCUAUUUUGUGUUGACAUUGAUGAAUGCAGCAUAAUGAAUGGUGGUUGUGAAACCUUCUGCACAAACUCUGAAGGCAGCUAUGAAUGUAGCUGUCAGCCGGGAUUUGCACUAAUGCCUGACCAGAGAUCAUGCACCGACAUUGAUGAGUGUGAAGAUAAUCCCAAUAUCUGUGAUGGUGGUCAGUGCACAAAUAUCCCUGGAGAGUACAGGUGCUUGUGUUAUGAUGGAUUCAUGGCAUCUGAAGACAUGAAGACUUGUGUAGAUGUCAAUGAGUGUGACCUGAAUCCAAAUAUCUGCCUAAGUGGGACCUGUGAAAACACGAAAGGCUCAUUUAUCUGCCACUGUGAUAUGGGCUACUCCGGCAAAAAAGGAAAAACUGGCUGUACAGACAUCAAUGAAUGUGAAAUUGGAGCACACAACUGUGGCAAACAUGCUGUAUGUACAAAUACAGCAGGAAGCUUCAAAUGUAGCUGCAGUCCCGGGUGGAUUGGAGAUGGCAUUAAGUGCACUGAUCUGGACGAAUGUUCCAAUGGAACCCAUAUGUGCAGCCAGCAUGCAGACUGCAAGAAUACCAUGGGAUCUUACCGCUGUCUGUGCAAGGAAGGAUACACAGGUGAUGGCUUCACUUGUACAGACCUUGAUGAGUGCUCUGAGAACCUGAAUCUCUGUGGCAAUGGCCAGUGCCUCAAUGCACCAGGAGGAUACCGCUGUGAAUGCGACAUGGGCUUCGUGCCCAGUGCUGACGGGAAAGCCUGUGAAGAUAUUGAUGAGUGCUCCCUUCCGAACAUCUGUGUCUUUGGAACUUGCCACAACCUCCCUGGCCUGUUCCGCUGUGAGUGUGAGAUAGGCUACGAACUGGACAGAAGUGGCGGGAACUGCACAGAUGUGAAUGAAUGCCUGGAUCCAACCACGUGCAUCAGUGGGAACUGUGUCAACACUCCAGGCAGCUAUACCUGUGACUGCCCACCUGAUUUUGAACUGAACCCAACUCGAGUUGGCUGUGUUGAUACCCGCUCUGGAAAUUGCUAUUUGGAUAUUCGACCUCGAGGAGACAAUGGAGAUACAGCCUGCAGCAAUGAAAUUGGAGUUGGUGUUUCCAAAGCUUCCUGCUGCUGUUCUCUGGGUAAAGCCUGGGGUACUCCUUGUGAGAUGUGCCCUGCUGUGAACACAUCCGAGUACAAAAUUCUUUGUCCUGGAGGGGAAGGUUUCCGACCAAAUCCUAUCACCGUUAUAUUGGAAGAUAUUGAUGAGUGCCAGGAGCUACCAGGGCUGUGCCAAGGAGGAAAGUGUAUCAACACCUUUGGGAGUUUCCAGUGCCGCUGUCCAACCGGCUACUACCUGAAUGAAGAUACACGAGUGUGUGAUGAUGUGAAUGAAUGUGAGACUCCUGGAAUCUGUGGUCCAGGGACAUGUUACAAUACCGUUGGCAACUACACCUGUAUCUGUCCUCCAGACUACAUGCAAGUGAAUGGGGGAAAUAAUUGCAUGGAUAUGAGAAGAAGUUUGUGCUACAGAAACUACUAUGCUGACAACCAGACCUGUGAUGGAGAACUGUUAUUCAACAUGACCAAGAAGAUGUGCUGCUGUUCCUACAACAUUGGCCGGGCAUGGAACAAGCCCUGUGAACAGUGUCCCAUCCCAAGUACAGAUGAGUUUGCUACACUCUGUGGAAGUCAAAGGCCAGGCUUUGUCAUCGACAUUUAUACCGGUUUACCCGUUGAUAUUGAUGAGUGCCGGGAGAUCCCAGGGGUCUGUGAAAAUGGAGUGUGUAUCAACAUGGUUGGCAGCUUCCGAUGUGAAUGUCCAGUGGGAUUCUUCUAUAAUGACAAGUUGUUGGUUUGUGAAGAUAUUGACGAGUGUCAGAACGGCCCAGUGUGCCAGCGCAACGCCGAAUGCAUCAACACUGCAGGCAGCUACCGCUGUGACUGUAAGCCCGGCUACCGCUUCACCUCCACAGGACAGUGCAAUGAUCGUAAUGAAUGUCAAGAAAUCCCCAAUAUAUGCAGUCAUGGGCAGUGCAUUGACACAGUUGGAAGCUUUUAUUGCCUUUGCCACACUGGUUUUAAAACAAAUGAUGACCAAACCAUGUGCUUGGACAUAAAUGAAUGUGAAAGAGAUGCCUGUGGGAAUGGAACUUGCCGGAACACAAUUGGUUCCUUCAACUGCCGCUGCAAUCAUGGUUUCAUCCUUUCUCACAACAAUGACUGUAUAGAUGUUGAUGAAUGUGCAAGUGGAAAUGGGAAUCUUUGCAGAAAUGGCCAAUGCAUUAAUACAGUGGGGUCUUUCCAGUGCCAGUGCAAUGAAGGCUAUGAGGUGGCUCCAGAUGGGAGGACUUGUGUGGAUAUCAAUGAAUGUCUUCUAGAACCCAGAAAAUGUGCACCAGGUACCUGUCAAAACUUGGAUGGGUCCUACAGAUGCAUUUGCCCACCUGGAUACAGUCUUCAAAAUGAGAAGUGUGAAGAUAUUGAUGAGUGUGUCGAAGAGCCAGAAAUUUGUGCCCUGGGCACAUGCAGUAACACUGAAGGCAGCUUCAAAUGUCUGUGUCCAGAAGGGUUUUCCUUGUCCUCCAGUGGAAGAAGGUGCCAAGAUUUGCGAAUGAGCUACUGUUAUGCAAAGUUUGAAGGAGGAAAGUGUUCAUCACCCAAAUCCAGAAAUCACUCCAAGCAGGAAUGCUGCUGUGCCUUGAAGGGAGAAGGCUGGGGAGACCCCUGCGAGCUCUGCCCCACGGAACCUGAUGAGGCCUUCCGCCAGAUCUGUCCUUAUGGAAGUGGGAUCAUCGUGGGACCUGAUGAUUCAGCAGUUGAUAUGGACGAAUGCAAAGAACCCGAUGUCUGUAAACAUGGACAGUGCAUCAAUACAGAUGGUUCCUAUCGCUGCGAGUGUCCCUUUGGUUAUAUUCUAGCAGGGAAUGAAUGUGUAGAUACUGAUGAAUGUUCUGUUGGCAAUCCUUGUGGAAAUGGAACCUGCAAGAAUGUGAUUGGAGGUUUUGAAUGCACCUGUGAGGAGGGAUUUGAGCCCGGUCCAAUGAUGACAUGUGAAGAUAUAAAUGAAUGUGCCCAGAAUCCUCUGCUCUGUGCCUUCCGAUGUGUGAACACUUAUGGGUCAUAUGAAUGCAAAUGUCCCGUGGGAUAUGUGCUCAGAGAAGACCGUAGGAUGUGCAAAGAUGAGGAUGAGUGUGAAGAGGGAAAACAUGACUGUACUGAAAAACAAAUGGAAUGCAAGAACCUCAUUGGCACAUAUAUGUGCAUCUGUGGACCCGGGUAUCAGCGGAGACCUGACGGAGAAGGCUGUGUAGAUGAGAAUGAAUGUCAGACGAAGCCAGGGAUCUGUGAGAAUGGGCGCUGCCUCAACACCCGUGGGAGCUACACCUGUGAGUGUAAUGAUGGGUUUACUGCCAGCCCCAACCAGGACGAGUGCCUUGACAAUCGGGAAGGGUACUGCUUCACAGAGGUGCUACAAAACAUGUGUCAGAUCGGCUCCAGCAACAGGAACCCCGUCACCAAAUCUGAAUGCUGCUGUGACGGAGGGAGAGGCUGGGGCCCCCACUGUGAGAUAUGCCCUUUCCAGGGGACUGUGGCUUUCAAGAAACUCUGUCCCCAUGGCCGAGGAUUCAUGACCAAUGGAGCAGAUAUCGAUGAAUGCAAGGUUAUUCAUGAUGUUUGCCGAAAUGGGGAAUGUGUCAAUGACAGAGGAUCAUAUCAUUGCAUUUGUAAAACUGGGUACACUCCAGAUAUAACUGGAACUUCCUGUGUAGAUCUGAACGAGUGCAACCAGGCUCCCAAACCCUGCAAUUUUAUCUGCAAAAACACAGAAGGGAGUUACCAGUGUUCAUGCCCGAAAGGCUACAUUCUGCAAGAGGAUGGAAGGAGCUGCAAAGAUCUUGAUGAGUGUGCAACCAAGCAACACAACUGCCAGUUCCUAUGUGUUAACACCAUUGGCGGCUUCACAUGCAAAUGUCCUCCCGGAUUUACCCAACACCAUACGUCCUGCAUUGAUAACAAUGAAUGCACCUCUGACAUCAAUCUGUGCGGGUCUAAGGGCAUUUGCCAGAACACUCCUGGAAGCUUCACCUGUGAAUGCCAGCGGGGAUUCUCACUUGAUCAGACCGGCUCCAGCUGUGAAGACGUGGAUGAGUGUGAGGGUAACCACCGCUGCCAGCAUGGCUGCCAGAACAUCAUUGGGGGCUACAGGUGCAGCUGCCCCCAGGGCUACCUCCAGCACUACCAGUGGAACCAGUGUGUUGAUGAAAACGAAUGCCUCAGCGCUCACAUCUGCGGAGGAGCCUCCUGUCACAACACCCUGGGGAGCUACAAGUGCAUGUGUCCUGCCGGCUUCCAGUAUGAACAGUUCAGUGGAGGAUGCCAAGACAUCAAUGAAUGUGGCUCUGCGCAGGCCCCCUGCAGCUAUGGCUGUUCCAAUACCGAGGGCGGUUACCUGUGUGGCUGUCCACCUGGUUACUUCCGCAUAGGCCAAGGGCACUGUGUUUCUGGAAUGGGCAUGGGCCGAGGAAACCCAGAGCCACCUGUCAGUGGUGAAAUGGAUGACAAUUCACUCUCCCCAGAGGCCUGUUACGAGUGUAAGAUCAAUGGCUACCCCAAACGGGGCAGGAAACGGAGAAGCACAAACGAAACUGAUGCCUCCAAUAUCGAGGAUCAGUCUGAGACAGAAGCCAAUGUGAGUCUUGCAAGUUGGGAUGUUGAGAAGACAGCCAUCUUUGCUUUCAAUAUUUCCCACAUCAGUAACAAGGUUCGAAUCCUAGAACUCCUUCCAGCUCUUACAACUCUGACGAAUCACAACAGAUACUUGAUCGAAUCUGGAAAUGAAGAUGGCUUCUUUAAAAUCAACCAAAAGGAAGGGAUCAGCUACCUCCACUUCACAAAGAAGAAGCCAGUGGCUGGAACCUAUUCAUUACAAAUCAGUAGUACUCCACUUUAUAAAAAGAAAGAACUUAACCAACUAGAAGACAAAUAUGACAAAGACUACCUCAGUGGUGAACUGGGUGAUAAUCUGAAGAUGAAAAUCCAGGUUUUGCUUCAUUAAUUCACCAUCCAGAGACCAAAUAAUUAAAAGAAAAACAAAUAUAGAUAGGUAGAACUAUAUUUUCCCCCAAUCAGAAUCAUCAUAUCAUAGGUACAAUCUUUCACCAAGUAAAUUUGUAUAAAUAAGCACUAUUCUUUGUAUUACCAAAGCAAGGUACAGGUGACUACCCUAGUUCAAAACAACCACUUUCUCAGGCUUCUCGUGUGUGUAGCUAAGCUACCUUGUCAUAUGUGUUGAUUCUUGAAAACUGGGACGUGUAUUUCCAUUGGGGGUUGGCCAUUUAUGCUGACAUGCCAUCCUUCCAGCAAAUGUACAGGAAUGUGCUUUCAAUUGAUGGACUACUCUGUUUUUUGCAAAUUUGUAAACUUUGCUUCUCCAAAUACAAGUACUAGGUUGUCCAUUUAUGGUACCUAUUUGGUGCUAGUAAAUUUUCAAACUAGAUUUAUAAAUGCACUGUAAUAUGUACACAACUUAGAAACCAAAUUACAAGUAUUCAGUUCCAAUACUUCAUUAAUUUCAAUCAACCAAAGUUAGUUCAGUAGCUUAUCUCAGUUAUGAGUAUAAUACAUUACAUGUAAAUUAAGUGUGUGUAUACUGUAAUCGUGCUAUUUUUUAUCAUUGAAACAUUUAUAAACUAGAAUAAUAAUGCCCUUAAUGUGAGGGUUUGUAAUGGUGCUUAUUAAGACCAAAGACUUGUUAAAUGUAUACACCAAGUGGUAAUGAAAUUUCUGUGACUGGCCCACACGUGCAUAGAGGUCUGGGAGGACCAGGAAACAGCCUCAGUGGCCAGAGGAUCACCAGUGCAUCCUUCAUCACAGCAUGUGCAAUAUGCCAAGAUUACCCUCGGUCAUUCCUGUCAACAAGGGGUCAAUGUCAUAAAUGUCACAAUAAAACAAUCUCUUCUUUUUUUUAGUUUA